AUGAUCAAAAAGAGCCUGACCACAAGGUUUUUGUAUGCGGUCAUGACAAGCCACACUUAUUCGGGAAAGCUGUUGAAGAACAAACCAUUGCUGCAACUUGUGGAACAUUUUGCUGCUGAGAUGGGCUCUUUGUUUGAUGAGCCAAUUCCCAUGAAGUGUGUGGGUGGCAAGACUCGCCAAAUCCGUUUGGUGUGCCUCGGCUUAAAGGGUGACCUUGCAGCACUCGUCAAGAUAGGGCAGCUGCAAAGAAAUUUCCAGAGGGAUACCCCGACGAAAACCUCUGGACCUGGGAUCUGUCAUCUGUGCCAUGCAGGCCAAGAAGGCCAUCCUUGGCACUGUGUUACUUUCGACAAUAUGUCGAAAAUGCGAGAGAACCUACAGCCACCCUGGAAUCGAGAGCCCUCCCUGAUUCGUUUGAUUCCUCAAUCGGAGCAGCACAAACCACAGUUCUUUGAGCUGGACCUGUUCCACUGUGCCCACAAAGGGGUGUGGGGCGACAUUGCUGCCAACACGAUCGUUGCCCUUUACGAGUAUAAAGCCCUUGGCAACCUGUCGAUCGACAAAGCAUUGGCUGCAAUUUUCGAUGAUUGCAAGAAGUAUUGCCGUGAGAAUGGACUACAGCUGCACAUGACUGCUCUAACUCGUGGUGCUGUGGGCUGGGAAACCGCAUCAUCUUUCCCUUCAGC